UGAAAGUUGAAGACAAAAACAUUGUAGUGAGGACGCUGGUUGAGGCGCCUCUCAUUUACCCCAAAAAACUCGAUAUUAGUGCUCCACCACUCUCCUGAUAAUCUUCUCCAUGACUUUGCAUACUAUACACGCCAGAGACACUGGUCUGUAGUUUAGUGCCUCGUUUGUGUCUCCACCAUUAGCGAUGCAAAGUUCAACACGCUUUGCAAGAUUCACAUGACCACGAUGCAGUAACUUCAAAUAACACUUAUUUUAUCUCAUGGAGUCAGUCAAGACAGAUUUUGCAUCACGUUCAGACAGUGUUUUAAAGCAGUAAUUUUGAAGCUGUUGGCAGAUAGACAUUUUUUUGAAUCUCCAGGCUUGGCCAUCUAAAAUAUCUGCUUCAGGAAGUUGAUAUACAGUGCUACAAUGUUGCGAAUAAAAGGAAUUUUUUAUGUGGGUGCAGCAUUCUUGCUAAUUUUCAUCAUGGUGGUCUUCACAUCCGAGUCAUUCAGUCUGAACAGUCUACUCCGUCCUGUUCCACACUCCCCUCGUAUUAGUAAAGUUAAUACUCAAGAAUUUAACAGUGGCGAUGUAGCAGCUGACAGUCCAGAAGUGAUACAAGUGAUACGAGAACAGUUCUUGAUCCCUCCAUCAAAUCUACCUUACAAUUUGUCUGAGCCCUAUGAAGAAAACCCUUCCAUGGGUCAGGCUCAGAGGAUUGACUUUAUAUUAAAGGGAAAGCGGAAUGGAUUUUACAUUGAAUGUGGUGCCCUUGAUGGAGAAGUGCGUUCCAACACACUAUUUUUUGAGCGAAAGAGGGGUUGGAAUGGGCUUCUGAUUGAAGCUGACCCAAAGAACUUUAAUCAGAUGGUUGAAAAACACAGGAAGGCUUACAUGUCACCAUCUUGCCUUGCUCCUACCCCUCAUCCCACUACGGUAUUAUUUCAACAGCAAGAGAACCAAGGGCAUAUUCUUGGUAGACAACAGCACUACCCUUCCAGUGGAUCUGGGGAAAUUUUAGAAGUUCAGUGCUUUCCCCUUUUCUCUUACUUGGUAGCACUAAAUGUCACUACAGUUGACUACUUCAGCCUCGAUGUUGAAGGGGCCGAGUUCAGUGUACUGAAGACCUUACCUUGGGAUAAAGUGGAUAUUAAGACACUCUCAGUGGAAUUUAUUCAUGAUCCAGAAGGAAAGGAUGCCAUACAAGAAUAUAUGAAGAGGGUUGGGUAUUAUGUUCACUCAGAAGUUAGACACUACAACUGGUUAGCCAACGACUUCAUAUUUGUCAAAAAUUCUAUGCAAUGAUUGGUGUGGAAUUUUAUAAGUCGUUGUUUAAAAUAUUUGAGGAAAGUUUUUAUAUGGAAUAAUUUUUGUAACUUGUGAUUUUUUCUUUUAAAUUAUAAAAGUUGUGUAAAAGGUAUGUGCCAUGCAUAUGCAUAAUGAGUGUGAGAUAUGCAUAAAAUUAAUGUAACCAGCUAUCAUAUUGAAUAGCAUGUGUGCAUGAUAUGCUACAUAAUUCAUGGCAGUCACAACAUGUGUAUACAUACAAAUAAUAUAUACUCAUUCAUCUUUAGACAUUUUUAUCAAAUCUUUAUUUUAUUAUAAAAAUGUGUAUCACUCUCAGAGGAAAUUAAAUUAGGUCUUAAAAAUGCAUUUUGUGCUAUCAAAUUUCAAGACUUGUAAUAGAUUUUUGUGCUUCUGAAUUUAGUUGUAGGGAUGAAAAUUAUAGAAAAUGAUAGAAAAACUAUAAAAGGUUUUCACAUACAGUUCUCUAUUACCUUCUACCCCCCCCCCACACACACACAUAUGCAUAGGAACAGUAUACAUACAGAGUCAUUUGUAUUUACAAGGGUUACAUUCCUAAAGCUACUAAAUACCAUAUUCAUUGACAUAGACACAUUGGUUUAGCAGGAAAGGGAUUUGUGUAUAUGUUAGAGUGAUUGUGUGGAAGGAAAGUGGAAAGAGUUUUAAGAACAGUAGUACAUUCCUACUCAACAUUGAAUUGCAAUAUAAUUAUUCACGUUAGACCUUCAGUAAUAUUUAACCCUUAAACUGUCCAAACGUAGAUCUACAUUCACUUGCGUAGCGCACAAAACAUAGAUCUACGUUUUUUUUUUUACAUAAGAAAGCUUGCAAAAUCGAACGUAGAUCUACGUUCAGAGCACUACACGAGCGAACGUAGAUCUACGUUUGGACAGUUUAAGGGUUAACCAUGUUGUAUGAAUCACAGGAUGAGAGUGAAUGAUCUGGAUGACAAAUUGGUGGAUGUAGAUUCCAUACAGUUUUAAGCAAGAGUAUGAUAUUGCUUAUGAGGGCAGAAAUAGUAUGUGGUUAUUCAUGAAUAAUUGAAAGGUGAGUCCAAGAGCUAAGAUAGACUCUCAGCUUGCAUUUAUGGAAGGCUCUUAUCUAGUGGCUAAGCAUUGGUGAUACCAACCUUAACUACGGUUAUUUCAUAGAUUGGCACUUAUCUCUGUUGUGGUCACUGCAGUCUUCAAGACAUCCUAGUAGAUUUAUCCAUUUAUCCAAUUGCAUGGUCUUUAUUUAAACCCUCUCUUAUUUUUCUCAUCCUGCAGUCUGAAAGUGCUGACUUUAACAUACACAUGCUGUCUUUGUCUUUUUGUUUUAAGAACAUUUUGUUGCUUGUAUAUUUGGCUUAAAAUUGGACUCAAAGUUGGCAAAAUCGCCUGUGCAUAAAUUGCACUGAAACUGCUAGCUUUGCAACCAUGUGAUUCUUUAAGUUUUCCAUCAAAUUUUGUAUUUUUGGUGUCAUUACUUUUAGGAAAAGAAAAAAGUCUCAGAGUUCAAUUUUUUUUUACAUUGAGAGCAAGUCUCAUUUUGGGAGUCUAGACAGUGGAAGGGUUAGUAUAUGUGGAGCUUUGAUAGUGUGUUUGUCUAUACAUUCAUUAUAAAUUAUGAAUGUUCCAGUUAUGUGUUCAUAUAUCUAGAAACUUGUAAACAGUUGCCAGUCAUUUUCUUUGUCACAUUCUUGUCUUCUGAUCCCUGGUAUCAGAGGCAAUCCUGGAUACCAUAGUUAAUGUGCAGUGAAGUAGGAAUGUCGUAGAAAGUGAGAAAGUUCAUUAAACAUUUGCUAGUACAGCCUCUCCUCACUUAACGAUGGAGUUCCGUUCCUAAGACCACGUUGGUAAACAAAUUCGUCGCUAAGUGAGAAGCAUACUAUAAUGGUAGUGGGUAUUGUUUUAAUGUCACCUUUGCACCAUUUAUAACGUUUCUGGUAUAUUUUUAAAUGUUUAUACAGUAGUGUACUGUAGACAGUAAUAAACAGAAUAGAGGAAAUCAGGUCUAAUAUACAUUAUUUAGGUAUACAAACUGGUCAGAAAGCCCGUUGUAAGAUUGAGGCGUCGGUAAACGAGUGCAUCACUAAGUGAGGAGAGGCUGUAUUAACAACGUGUUAAAGUGCUUGAGACAUGGCCAAGGGCUGGCUAACUGUUUGAUUGAAGGGUUCAGACAGCAGUUCGAGAAACAACAUUGUAAAUAAAAUUUUAUUUUAUGGUCUGCAAUUACACUUGUGUGGAUCCUGAGGAAAAAUGUUUAUACAUAAGACUUCAUCUAGCACAGGCUUUAUUUUCUAUGUACAUUUAUUUAAUACUGUAUCAAGAGGUAAAUUUUGUAGUUAUACAUCUUGUACCACACGUUUGGGAUACUAUAUGUCAGAUUGUACUGACAGUUCAAAAUAUUUUGAUUGAUUAUCCCCCCAUUCCUCAGAAUGCACACUUACUGCAUUUUAAACACCUUCUUUGACACACUAAUGUGUUUGGUUUGCUUGCCCUUUUCUGUAGCAGUCCAACCUAUGCUACAGAUUGUGAUUUCUUAAUGAAUAUCGGUAUACAACAUUAGCUGUGACCCCAUCUUUUCUGUUAUUCUUUCCUCAGCACCUCUGUUCUUACCUUUACCUUAACCUCUCACCUCUGCCAUGCAUUGCUGAGUUUAGUGCUUUCCAUGACUAUAAUAACAUUUGGAAUGCUGCACAGAGAGUAACAGUGGAUAAUUACUGAAGAUCAUGAAAACUGACACAAGGCGAAGGAAUUUAUUUAUUUUCUAAUAAUCAAAUAUAUUAUUUAGGCAUCUUAUGGAUGAUGGUUAUUUUUUCUGCUUUAUGUAACUUGACAUUGAUAAUACAAAAUGCUAAAAAUUUUAAUAGGUCACCAAUGGAAAUUAGUCACUCUGACUUUUUUGGGUUAUCCUAGGUUCUCUACACAUAUGCUGCUAUGUAUGUUAAUCUAUGUAACUGUAUUUGUGUAUACAGGUUGGCCAUCACUAAUCCAGCAAUCAAUUAUCCGGUUCCAUCAGUAAUCCGGCACUAAUUUUGGCUAGCAUAAUUUCAAAUUUCAUCAUUAUACUGACUCAAAUCAUUAUACUGACUCAGAAAUUGUGCAGAUGGUUGUAAAUCCACAGCAGCAAGCCAGUGGAGGAGAAAGUAGUGAUGAAAAUGAGGUAGAUGUAGCAGAAAGAAUCACUAUUGAUUGGUUAAUUAAGCGUAUUCUAACCUAACCACUCUGUAAUCCGGCACACUACAGGUCCCAAUGAUGCUGGAUCAGUGAUGGCCGACCUGUACCUGAAUAAACUUACCUACUUACUUACUAAUGCAUUUUUCUCAAUUACCACAAAUAAUGUUCUCAAAAAUUUCUUUUGUUUUUAAGUAAUACGUAUACAGGUCUCCCUCAACAUUCACGUUUUCAACUUUCGCGGGCUUCACACAUUUGCGAAUUCCCAGCCGCCAAAUCAUAUUUAAGUUUCCCGCCACCUGCGAGUCCCUACUACCCUCCCUCCGACCCCAACAACUGGCAGCCAGCCCUCCCACCACUCAGUGUGGUGAGUGUUUUGUUUGUUCAUUAUUUGCUAUUAAACUACAGUAUAAAUAAUGUAAACCCAUUCAUGACUGAAUAUUGGAAUGGCUAUUCGGACAGGUAUUGGAUGGUGACAUAUAUUUACUCUUGAACACAGCAAAGAAUCAAACAUUUCUGCUACUGCUAAUAAUAAUAAUAAUAUUAAUAAUACGAUAGAAUUUAAGGAAAUUGUACAAAAAUACGAGGGCUGAAGCAGUGGUGGAAGAAGUGGUUGAGGCAUCAUCAGUCAGUGUGCCUUUGUUUAUGCUGGAGUGAGCAUUAGUCUCCACACUUCCAAACAUUUCACAAUUCAUUGUGCCUGGUGCUUGUAGAUUGAGUGCAACUGGAGUGGUAGAGGUAGCGGUUGAGGCAGUGGUUGAGGCAGUGGUAUUUAAUAAGAUAUAUGUUAUUAAUAAUAAUAAAUAUUAUUAAUAACAUGUAUUAUUAUUAUUAUUAUUAACAUGUUAUUAAAAACCACUGCCUCAACCACUGCCUCAACCGCUGCCUCAACCGCUGCCUCUACCACUGCCUCUACCACUGCCUCAACCACUGCCUCAACCACUGCCUCUACCAAUGCCUCUACCAAUGCCUCUACCACUCCAGUCGUGCUCAAUCUACAAGCACCAAACAAUGAAUUAUUGUGAAAUGUUUGGAAGAGUGUGGAGACUAAUGUUCACUCCAGCAUAAACAAAGCCAUGCUGAUGAUGCAUCAACCACUGCUUCAACCCUCGUAUUUUUGUACUAUUUCCUUCUUAAUUCUAUCGUACUACUAAUAAUAAUAAUACGAUAGAAUUGAAGAAGGAAAUUGUACAAAAAUACGAGGGUUGAAUCAGUGGUGGAGGAAGUGGUUGAGGCAUCGUCAGUCAGUGUGCCUUUGUUUAUGCUGGAGUGAGCUUUAGUCUUCAUGCUCUUCCAAACAUUUAACAAUAAUUCAUUGUGCUUGGUGCUUGUAGAUUGAGUGCGACUGCCACAUAAUUAACCAUGGGCCCAAAGAAACUUGCUAGUGCCAGCCCUUUGGUAAAGAAAUUGAGAAACACGAUAGAAUUGAAGAAAGAAAUUGUACCAAAAUACGAGCAGUGCGCCACAGUGGUUGAGGCACUGGUGGAGGCAGUGGUUGAGGCACUGGUGGAGGCAUUGGUUGAGGCAGUGGUAUUUAAUAACAUGCAUGUUAUUAAACCAUAACAUGUAUGUAUUUAGUACAAUAUUUUAUGACAUUUUCAUGUAUUUUAUGAUUGUUCAUGGUUCAACAAGUUAAGGAAGCAGUAUUGUAUUAUAUUUCCCUAUAAUAUAUUGGGGCACCAAACAUUCGUGAUUUUUCAACAUUCGCGAGGCUCUUGAUCCCCUAACCCUCGCGAAUGUUGAGGGAGACCUGUAUUGAUAUUCAGUAUAUAAGGAUAUUCAAACUUAAUUUGUGGAAAAGUAGUUAUAGUUAUCAUUUAUCAUUAUUUUUAUUGAAUGUCAAGGUUUAGUGCUUCUUUUUGUUAUAAUAAUAUUGAAUCUAAAUAUUUUACAUUAUAGUACAUGUAUUAGUAUAAAAAAUAGCUUAUUGGAAACAUAUGGUUGCACAUUAAUGAUCUAUAUAAUCAAUGAUCUGCAUAAUCAAUGAUCUGCAUAACCAAUUCUUAGGAUUAAGCUUUUGUUAAUUUAUGUAUUAUUUAUAAAAAAUAUGUAAAAGUAGUGUAGAAAAAAUAUAAUUAAAAGAAAUUAUAUUUAAUAUGACGAGAAGUCUAAUAGGGAUUUAAAUAUUUUAUGUUGAUACAGUAUUUAUGUGAAGGAAUAAUGCAACUUCCCAUGACAUGAACUAACAUAGCAGCAAUACUCAAGCUGUUGAUUCUGAAUGCUGCAUUUAAUUAGCUUAGAUGUACAUUAACCUUAAUGUUAAAUAAUUCAUUUUAGUAUAAUGUAAAGAAUAUUUUCAUAUAAAUGUUGUGCUUCAUUGGGUAUAGAGGAUAUAGGGUGCUUGCUUGUUUCUCUUAAUGGUUAUAAUAUUUUGUGUAGAACAUCGUUAUUGAGGAGUGGAUUUAUUUUGCGAAUUCCCUUGGAAUAUUUAAUUGACAUUCUUGGGGAAUAAUUUACUUUUGACAGUCCCUUUUUUUAGGUUAUUAUGUGUUUCAUAUAUUUUUUAUAUGAAUAUUUACAAUAUUAGGAGAGAGACUAGAAAAUACAUUCCAAGAAUAUGAAUAUACUGUAUAUAUAUUUUUUUUUUAAAUUUGUUUGCAGGAAAGUAAUAUAAAAAUAAAUAAAUUUGCAUAUAUAAUGGUAGUACAUAUAGGUAAUGAGUGACAUUUUUCAAGUCACUAUGUUGGCAUGUCAUUACUGUUCACUUUAUAUUAUAUUCGUUUCAACAGCAUUCCAGAUGUGUGGAAUGAUUACUGGGUAACGUAAGUCCUGAAAGACAUUUAUACCUAGGAAAUUAGCUAUGAAUGCAGCGAUUGUGUGUUUGAUUAUGUAUCCCCAGGUAACAUUAGGCACUUGAGUGAGCUAUACUCUAUCACAAUGUGGAGAGUAAAAGGGGUAUGAUAAAAUUUUGUGCAACAUAUUAAUGGUGAUUUGUAAAAAGAAUCAAGUCUCUGGAGAAAUUGUUCACACUUAUUAAAACUUAAGACCAUCAGUGAUGUACAGUAUAGUAUUACUUUAUUAUUUGGAUGUUAUAUGAAAUCUCAUUGGGGCAAAUUACAGCAUUUAGGAACAAUGAAGCCUGGUCACAGACCCUCAAAACCCUCUCCGGGUAUCUCCAGGUAUGCAGUCAUAUGUGGGACAUAGUGGGUAUUGACAAAAAAUACUGUGUAGGAAGGAAUAAUGGUGAAAUUAUUAGUGGAUCAGUGAUUGUUUUGAUUUUAAAUAAAUCUUUGAGCCAUAAAUCCAAACUGAACUGCCCAACAUCUAGACCAUGCAAUUCUCACUUUCACUUUUCUUUCUUUCAACACACCGGCCGUAUCCCACCGAGGCGGGUUCACUUUGUCUGCCAAAAAACUAUUUGAACAUUCCCACUCUGAUAUCUCAAGAGGCUUGGAGGUGAAAUUUCACUGGUAGGUGCUGCCAUUUUCCUUCUAGAGUGAAGAGUAUCCCAGAUCUAGGACCACUUAUUUCUAAUAAAUGUUUCUGAGUUUUGAUAUAAAGAAUGUAUGGUAUAGAUGCUCCAACAUAUGGGGAAUUGAUAUGUUUAAGUGCACAUAUAUGUGGGUGCAUGCAUGGGUUAUUACAAACACAGGUACAUAAAGAAAGGCCUUGUAUCUGGCUGGUAAUCAAGUCCCCAGAGAAGGAAAAAUCCUCAAGUAUAUGAAGGCAAAGGUAAACACAAAAGGUGUAGGUUUUAGUACCUGUAUAUUCCUUCACUGUAUUUUCAACAUGUACAAAAGGGCAAUAAAUCAGCUGAAGAUAAUGAUGAGAGAGUUAAGAUAGUCAUUGCAGUUAGUUUUACAUCUCAAAAUAGACCAGUAUUGUAAGUGUACUAGAGCAGUGCAGUGAGCAUCUGCCAUAACCUGGUGUAGAAAUAUAACAUCAGUUUGGGUGGGGGCAAGCUCUCUCCCAGUUGGCUGGGGCUCCUAAUGCAAAAUACUCUAACCUGACUACUGUAUUAGUUUGGCUGGUCUAGAGGUUGUGAUGAAUGCAGAAUAAAUUGUAACAUACUCAUGCACGCCUCGUGUGUGUGUGUGUGUGUGUAUAUGUUUGUGUUUGUGUGUGUGUACUCACCUAUUUGUGGUUGCAGGGGUUGAGACUCAGCUCCUGGCCCUGCCUCUUCACUGACCACUACUAGGUCCUCUCUCUCCCUGUGUGUAUGUGUGUGUGUGUGUAUAUAUAUAUAUAUGUAUACUGUGGACCCCCAAGUUUCGUGAGCCUCACGUUUCGUGAUUUGCCUGGUCAUUCGUCGGUCGUAUGGAACGUGUUCGAGUGGCCUCCCAGCAUCCGUGCGCACAGAAAGGCGCCCCACACACCAUUCAGAGUCAGUGUGCCAUUGUUUCUGGGCGAGUGACCAUCACCUCACGCGUUCAUAAGAUACAUUUUGUAAUAUUCCAUUCUUUUUUGUGCUUCCAACUGCUAAAUAAGCCACCAUGGGCCCAAAGAAAGAUCCUAGUGCCAGGCCUUUGGUAAAGGUGAGAAACACGAUAGAAUUAAAGAAAGAAAUCAUAGCAAAAUAUGAAAGUGGACUGCGUAUGGCCGACCUCGGUAAGAUGUACGGGAAGCCGCAUUCACUUCCAUCGUGGCAAAGAAAAAGGAAAUCAAGGAAGCUGUUGUUGCGAAAGAUGUAGAUAUGCUGACAAGAAAAGAGAUCGCAAAUAAUCGAAGAUGUUGAGAAUAUGUUGUUGGUGUGGAUCAACCAAAAACAGUUAGCAGGAGAGCGUUAUGCAGUUGAUAAUUUGUGAAAAGGCAUGGCAGUUGCAUGCCGAUCUCAUAAAGAAAAUGCCUGGAACGAAUGCUAAUGUUAGUGAAUUUAAGGCCAGCAAAGGCUGGUUUUGAGAUUUAAGAAGCGUAGUGGCAUACACAGUGUGGCAAGGCAUGGUGAGGCUGCAAGUUCUGACAAAUGUGCGGCUGAAAAAUUCGUGCGUGAAUUCAAGGUGUACAUAGAGGAUGAAGGAUUCCUCCCCCGGAAGAAAAUGCCAAAGAGGACCCACAUCAUGUAGGAGAAAAUGGCACUGCCAGAACACAAGCCCAUGAAAGACAGGUUAACUCUCUUGUUCUGUGUAAUGCUAGUGGGGAUUUCAAAGUGAAGCCUUUACUGGUGUAUCACUCUGAAAAUCCCAGAGUGUUCAAGAAAGGCUAAGAGUAAGGCAUGGGUCACGAGGGAAAUUUUCCUUGAUUGGUUCGGUGAAGUGUUUGGCCCGAGUGUGAAAGAAUACCUCCUGGAAAAAAAAUUGCCACUCUUAAGUGCCUCUUGGUAAUGACAAUGCUCCUGCUCAUCCUCCAGGCUGGGAUGACCAAAUGGUGGAGGAGUUUAGUUUCAUCACAGUGAAGUUCUUGCCUCCUAAUACAACUCCUCUCAUCCAGCCCAUAGACCAGCAAAUCAUUUCAAACUUCAGAAAACUGUACACCAAAGCAGUGUUUCAAAGGUGCUUUGAUGUGACCUCAGACACUGAAUUGACCUUAAGAGAGUUCUGGAAGGAUCACUUCAAUAUUCCAUGAGGUUGGAUGUGAGUGGCAAGGAUGUGGAAGAGUUGGUGGAGGACCAUAGUGAGAGCUAACCACUGAAGAGCUGCAAGGGUUUCAUCUGCAACAGCAACAGACCACAGCUGAGGAAAUUGCUUCAGAGGAGGAGAAAGAGAGAUGGAAGAAGGUGCCUUCUUCAGAGAUUAAGGAGAUGUGUGCAGUGUGGAGUAGGGUGCAAAUAUUUGUGGAGAAACAUCACCCUAACAAAGCUGUUGCAAGCCAUGUCAGUAACAUGUACAAUGACAAUGCCUUGUCUCAUUUUAGGCAAAUUUUAAAGAGACACCAGAAACAGCUUUCUGGAACAGUUUUUUGAGUGGCAGGGGUCCAGUGACUCUCAAGCUGGUCCUAGUGGCAUUGAAAAACAAAGAAGGGAUGUAACCCCAGAUAAGGACUUGGUAUCUAAAGUCUUUAUGGAAAGGAAUUCCCCUUCCAAACAAUAGUGUAACUUCUCCAUCCUCUCCCCUCCUCUCAUCUUCCAUACACCAAUAAGAGUGUGAUGUUAUUGGUUGAUACUUGAUUUCUCAUUCUUUUCUGUAUGUAAAUCCAUAUUUAAUCUAUAAAAAAAUCAUUUUUGUUAAUACUUUUGGGCGUCUGGAACUGAUUAAUUGGAUUUAUGUACAGUACAUUGUUUCUUAUGGGGAGAACGGUUUCGACAUUCAUGAACUUCGACUUUUGGCAGACUCUCUGGAACGGCUUAAUCACAAAACUCAAGGGUCCACUGUGCAUGUGUGUGUGUGUGUGUGUGUGUGUGUGUGUGUGUGUGUG